AUGAAAGUUUGUCGACUUUUCAAGUUAGCUUUAGAGAAAGCGAGCGUGAGGGUCGAUGUAAUUGAGGGUAGGCUGAACAAUAAUCACAUGGAGAAGGAGAAGAUAGAUAGGCGGAAGAUUCGGCCACUGCUCUUUCUAAGCGUUAUCGUCCAAAUCAAUCGUCAUGAUGAGACAGGAGAAAGACCUUCUAUACAAGCCCGCCUAGAAGAGGGACCGAGUGAAGGGGACGAAGUAGGCUCCCUUCAAAAUAUUAGCAAGGAGAGGAUAGAUGACUUGGAUGCAGCAAGCUAUGAGAACAAGGCCUUGAAUUCGGGAUACCUUAACGAUGGAGGAAGAUUCUGUUCUAAUGGCAACUCUGGCUUUCUUAGAGCGUGGCAUGAGGAAGAUGAAUAUAAGGAAGAGAUUGAAAGCUAUAGCUCGACGGCAAGAUAUAGCCAGAGACAACGAAGACAAGCAAUAAAACUCCUGCGCUAUCGUUGCUCAAUCCGUUGCUUCUUCCCUCUGGAUCUCGUGCCUUCUUUCCCCAGCCAAAGACCUUGA